AUGUCGCGACGGAAGCGACCCGAUCCAUUUGAGACCGAUACAGACAGCGACGGCGGCCUGUCCUCAUCACAGACAUCAUCUAUUCACAAGCGGAGAAGAGCCAACGAUGGGUCCUCAAUUCUGUCUACUCCAGCGCCCGAAGAUGAGCCUCAAUCACCCGCGACCACGCCUCAGUCAGACGACGACGAUGUUGACGAUUCUGACGAGGAAAUCGAGAGUCAGACGCAGGCUCCUGCUCAGCUCAUCGCUGCCGAAGACAACGUGGCAGUCGAGGCCGGUAUCCUUGAGUCUGUCCACGCAGUCAAUUUCAUGUGUCACGAGAAUGAGAAGUGGGAUCUUGGGCCACUGAUCAACUUCAUUUGCGGCAAGAACGGCAGUGGCAAGAGCGCAAUCUUGACUGCCAUCCAGCUGUGUUUCGGAGGCAAGGCUGCAGCCACGGGUCGAGGCCGAAAGCUGGAAGACUACAUUCGCACCGGACAGACUGGCGCGAGCGUCACCUGCAGCAUCAAAAAUCAAGGCUCGAAUGCCUUCAAGCAUGAUGACUAUGGCGACUCCAUCAAGAUUGAGCGUCACUGGCACAUCACCGCCUCAGGCAAUUGCACCGCUGGCUUUCGGAUCAGAAACGCCAAUGACAAAGUCAUGGCCUCGAAAAAGGGAGACCUGGACGAGAUUGUUGAAUUCUUCACGCUGCAAUUUGAUAAUCCCCUGGCCACCUUGACUCAGGAUGAUGCUCGCAGCUGGAUUGCUGAUGCCAAGCCGACUGAAAAGUACCGUCUCUUCCUCAGAGGUGUACUCCUCGAGCAGCUAGAUGCCGACUACAAACUCAUCGAGGAAAACUGCGACAACAUCUCGCCCAAGCUGCGCCAGAACAAGGAGGACCUCGACGAGAAGAAGCGUAGAAAGGACACCGCUGCUCAGAAACUCAAGGAAUCAGAAGCCCACGCCACUGCACGCCAGCGCUUGCACGAGCUAAAGCACCAGUGCAUUUGGGUCCAAGUCGUCGAGUUCGAAGCGGCUCGUGAUGCCCUGAAAGCCGAGAUUGAAAAGUAUGGUGAGUCUCUCACAGCAGAACAAGCAGUGCAAGAAGCACACACACUUGAGACGGAACGACUUCGUCAAAUAUUCGAUGAUAAGCGAGGAGAAGCAGACACCGCAGAAGGACGUGUAAGAGAAGCCCAAUCUACUCAACGUGAUCUAGAAGCCACCGUCAAAGAGAAGCAGGCGGCCGCGACCGAAAGAAAGCAAGAGCUUCAACACGCUAAACAGGCAGUCAAGGAUGCUCAAAAGGACAUCGAGACGAAGACCAGAGAAAUCAAGACCGAGGAAGACCGUCUCGCGGAAGUCGACGGUGGCGGUGCGGCACAACGUCGACAAGACUUGGACGACCUGAAGGACGCCGCAAAGGAAGCAGGAGCCGCCCUUGAGACUCACAGAAAUCGUAGGCUUCAACUGGACACCGACGCACGGGAAGCCAAGGAACAGUUGGACGAGGCCAAGCAGAAGCGCAAUGCUCAGUUCGACGAGGUCAAGUCUUGCAAGAGUGAAUUGGACAAAGUCCGGAAUGCAGGCUCGCUCCCGGACACCAGGUUCCACCCUAAGAUGCCACAAGUCAUCAGAGCCAUCGCUCAGGAGACUCGCUUCCGCCAGAAACCAAUCGGCCCUAUUGGCAAGCAUGUAACCUUGCUCAAGCCCAAGUUCACCAACAUGAUCGAGAAGAUUUUCGGUCAAACUCUCAACGGCUUCAUCGUCACCAAUAAGGCCGACCAGGAACUUCUGACCAGCCUGGCCAGAAAGUGCGGCAUGCCAGAGCUCAGAGUCAACAUUGUGACCCAUGGUGCCAUCAAUUUAUCCGGCAAAGAGCCUGCAGAAGAGUUCCUCACAGUGCUACGGGCGCUGCGAGUCGAAGACGAACUCAUCACGAAGUUGAUGAUCAUUGCUCACCACGUUGAAUCGGCUAUCCUUGUGGAAGAUUACGGGCAAGCACAGAAGAUCAUGAAUGAGCCAGAUCCAAGAAAUCGCCCUGCAAAUGUUGAGACCUGUUAUGCGCUCGCCACCGGCUCCAGGCAGAAGGGUUUCAGGUUGUUCUAUCGUGGCGGCAAUCCAGCACAGGAUCCAGUCGACCAAUACAACGGUCCGCUGCGUAUGAACGCGAACGUCGAAGACCAAUUUCGCUUACAAGAAACCCGCGUUCAAGAAGCGCAAGACCUAUUGGAUCAGUACGAAGACGAGCUGCGGACUUGCCAAUCCAAGCUGGACGAAGCCAGGAAUGCUUUGUCACGGCAUUCCAAAGAUCAAGUACGGCUGAAAACAGCUAAACAGACAGCUGACCAGCUACGGGAGGAGAAGCAGAGUGAGUGCGACCAGGACAAUAUUGCUGGUGGUGUGCUCGAUACCCUGAAGGCUGCUCUGGAAGAAUGCAAGUCAUCACUGGACACGCAGGGAACGCUUUAUCAAGAUUGUGUAACCGGCAAUGACAGCGCGAAGAACGAGUUGCGCAUCGCUCAGCAGGAAGCCGCUGACGCCAAACAUCAAACGGCGAUCCUGCAAGCUUCCGUAGAUGCUCUUCGAAAAGAGGCCCAAAACGCAGACCAGGCGCGAAUGGCAGCUAUAGCUGCAGCGAACGUGUGCCAAAAUAAGAUCACGGGACUACAGAACGACAAACGGCUCUUCGAGGGUAACCUGGCCACGCAGGAAGAGGACCUUACCAGCCUAGUCGAGCAAGCCGAAGCUCAAGGUAGCGCACGCGUACCGAUUCCAGAAGGAGAGACUAGUGUCAGUCUAGACCAGAAAUUCGAGCGAUUGCAUGCACAGUUGACGCGGGCUGAACGCAACUUGGGCGGCAGCCACAUCCAGCUCGCAACAGCUGCCACCGAAGCCCUUGACGAAUACAAACGGUCCAGCGAUCACUACAUGGGCUUGAAGAAUUUAUACGAGACGCUGAAAGGUUCACUGAAGACACGGAAGGAGCGAUGGGAGCUCUUCAGAAAAUACAUCGGCCGAAGUGCUCGUAGCGGCUUCAUCGUUCAGCUUAGCCAGCGUGGCUUCCGCGGAAAACUUACCAUCGACCACACACAGCACAAACUCGACGUCAAAAUUGAGCCGGACCUCACCUUAAAGGACGCCGCAGGCCGGGCCGUGAAGACGCUAUCUGGCGGCGAAAAGACGUAUACCCAGAUCUGCUUGCUGCUUGCGCUGUGGGAGGCAAUGGGCUCACCCAUUCGUUGCUUGGAUGAAUUCGAUGUCUAUAUGGAUGCCCUUAACCGUGGGAAAACGAUUGCAAUGAUUCAAGAAAUCGCAAGGCAGAGUCAGGGAAAGCAGUACAUUAUGAUCAGCCCGGGGAGUCGAGCGGAUAUCACACGAGCGCCCGAUGUUAAGGCUUUUGAAGUUGCACCACCAGAGCGUGGACAGCAGCGCCUUGGGUUCCAGCGUGUGAGCGCGGCGGCCUAA